UUGCCCCUCAGGUCGGGCACCGUACCCCCAGGCACCACUGUGGAGCAGCUGCACUACGCCAAGAAACUGUACGACUCUGCCUUCCACCCCGACUCUGGCGACCGCAUGAACCUGAUUGGCCGGAUGUCUUUCCAGGUGCCGGGGGGGAUGGCCAUCACAGGCUUCAUGCUGCAGUUUUACAGGACGGUGCCGGCAGUGGUGUUCUGGCAGUGGGUGAACCAGUCUUUCAAUGCCUUGGUCAACUACACCAAUCGGAAUGCAGCAUCACCCAUUACACAAAAGCAGAUUGGAGUGGCCUAUGUGACUGCCACCAACACGGCCGUCAUUACAGCAGUGGGCCUGAACCUCUACACUAAGAAAGCUUCUCCCCUCGUUGCCCGCUGGGUGCCCUUUGUCGCCGUGGCAGCAGCUAACUGUGUCAACAUCCCCAUGAUGAGGCAGCAGGAGAUCCUGAAUGGCAUCUCGGUCACAGACGAGAAUGGCAACAAGCUGGGCCACUCCAGGAAAGCUGCCAUAAAAGGGAUUGCGCAGGUGGUCGUCUCUCGUGUCACCAUGGCAGCCCCGGGGAUGAUUAUCCUGCCCAUUGUAAUGCAGAGGAUUGAAAAAUACAAAUUCAUGCAGAGGAUUGCUUUUCUCCACGCGCCGUUACAAGUGAUGAUGGUGGGAGUUUUUCUGACCUUCAUGGUGCCUGCUGCUUGCUCCCUGUUUCCCCAGAGAUGCUCCAUGGCCGUGUCCAAACUGGAACCAGAGCUGAGGGACUCCAUCCGCUCUCAGUACGGAGACAGUGUCCGCUAUGUGUACUUCAACAAAGGGCUGUGA